CACCUGGUUAUUCACUGCAUAGAGAGAGGCUUAGCACCAGGAAUGGCUUUACACUCACUUUCCUUCAUUCUUCCCCAUGCUUUUAUCUUCCUGUUGCUUCACCUAGCCAUACCAUACUACAAUACGGCCGCGAAACAUGGCCACCACCCCGGCCGACACUAUCAGUAUCGGCACCAAUCUCACCAUUCCCACGUGUCCAACCCCCGACUCUACCAAGCCUACAUUGCCCUUCAAGCGUGGAAACGCGUAAUCUACUCCGACCCACAUAACUUCACCACCAACUGGUCCGGUCUGUCUGUCUGCAACUAUUCGGGUGUUUAUUGUGCGGCGGCACUUGAUGAUCCCAAAACUCAGGUGGUAGCCAGUAUCGAUCUAAACCAUGCCAACAUAGCCGGGUUGCUCCCAGAAGAAUUAGGCCUUCUGACCGACCUCGCCAUCCUCCAUUUGAACAGUAACCGGUUCUGCGGAAUACUGCCGCAAACCUUGGCAAAUCUCGAGCUUCUGUAUGAACUCGAUCUCAGCAACAACAGGUUUGUGGGAACUUUCCCUUCGGUUGUUCUCUCCAUGCCUUCUCUUCAUUAUCUCGACAUCCGCUACAACGAGUUCGAGGGGUCAUUGCCCCCGGAACUCUUCAAGAAAGGUCUAGACGCGGUAUUCGUCAACAACAACUGGUUUACUAGCGUCAUACCUGCAAAUUUGGGCCGGACUUCGUUUUCAGUUCUCGUGCUGGCGAACAACAACUUCAGUGGUUGCUUGCCGCCCAGCAUAGCCGGCUCUGCCGAUACUCUGGAGGAGUUGCUUCUAAUCAAUAUCAGUUUGUCGGGGUGUUUACCGCCCGAAGUUGGGUUCCUGUAUAAACUGAGAGUGCUGGAUGUUAGCUUGAACAACGUCGAAGGUCCUAUACCCUACAGCCUCGCGGGGCUAGCGCAUCUGGAGCAGCUGAACUUAGGACACAACAUGAUGACCGGCGUCGUGCCGUCGGGCGUGUGCAUCUUGCCGAGCUUGGUGAACUUCACCUUCUCGUAUAACUACUUCUGCGAAGAGGAAGGGAUAUGCGCGAAUUUGACGUCGAAAGGUAUAGCCUAUGAUGAGAGCCAUAACUGCUUGCCCGAGAAGCCGUUCCAGCGGAGCAAGGAGGAAUGUCAAGCCGCUCUCGAGCACCCGGUAGACUGUUUCCAGCAUCCGUGUGGGGGCGGUUUCCGCGGUCCGGUCGCUUUUGCUCCUCUUGCGGCGGUCCCGGCAACAGCUCCUCUUCCUUCAUCACCUUCUCCUUCUCCUUCAAGUCACUCCUAGUUUACCUUAUAUGUAAUCAAAACGAUGUAGGUGAGGCUCCUGAAGCCAAAAUAACUUUCAGACUUGUAUGUAUCUAUACUCUGGAUGUUACUCCAAAGAUUGUAUGUAUGUAUUUCAUCACUUUUCUCCUCUCGAAAAAUCCAAUUCGUGUAUUUGUCACCCUUGAGAAACUGAUCAA